AUGAACCUGUUCCGAGCACCCGCUGCCGUUCGGGCAGCCAAGACGCUGGACAGGGCGCUAUUUGCAAAGACGCUCAACGCCGCCGCCGCGUCAGUCAAGGAAAACAAGCUGCUCUCCAAGUAUCGCAAGGAGCUGGAGAAGACCAACGAGAUUCUCUUCUUGGAGAAGUUCAACCCUGUACUGCCCGACCCAGACCCGGCUCUGGCUGCCCAAGGAAAGAAAUGCAUUGUCUUGGCCCCUCAGAUCAAGCCAUCAUCACCAGAGACCUGGAGUCCCGUCCUUCAGGAGGCGGCCAAGUUGGGCGAUCUCAAAAUCAUACCGUAUGAUGUUGAGAUUGGCUACGAUUUUUGGUCAUACGUCGACGUGUUGAGAGCUAUCCUGCCAGAGGAACUUCAAGAUGAAAUCCCCAGUGGAUUCAACACUGUAGGACAUGUCGCUCAUCUCAACAUCCGAAACCAGUACCUACCCUACAAGAAACUCAUAGCGGAGGUUCUGUUGGAUAAGAACCCUCAUCUCCGGACGGUCAUCAACAAGAUUGACAAUGUCGGCUCAGAAAAUGAGUACCGGACGUUUGCCUACGAAGUCCUCGGCGGACCCGAUGACCUGAAUGUUGAGAUCAACGAGGCCGGUUGUGUCUUCAAGUUCGACUACUCUAAGGUGUACUGGAACAGCAAGCUUGACACGGAGCACAAGCGCAUCACAAGUUUCUUCAAGCCAGGGGAGGUAGUUGCAGACGUCAUGGCCGGUAUUGGGCCGUUCGCAGUGCCCGCUGGCAAGAAGGGCGUCUUUGUCUGGGCAAACGACAAGAACCCGGAGAGUUACCGGUACCUGGAGGAAGCGAUCCGCAAGAACAAAGUCUCUCAAUACGUCAAGCCAUUCAAUUGUGAUGGGCACGAAUUCCCUCAUCAGGCCGCCGAUCUCGUGCUCGAGGCUUCUAAGCGUGGUGAUUGUGCGAUGAUCAAGCCUUCGAAGCAACCUAGGAACUCAACGGCGCCCCCACCGACGCCUAUCCGGAUCCCAGUCCCUCCUACUAUCUCGCAUUUCGUCAUGAACCUACCAGCGUCUGCCAUCGAGUUUCUUCACAACUACCGUGGCCUCUACCAUGGUCAUGAGGAGCUCUUUGCCCCCCACACCGAAGCUAAGCUGCCCAUGGUCCACGUCCACUGCUUCUCGGUCAAGGCCGACGAUGAGACCCCCCUCAUCGAUAUCUGCCAGAGAAUCGAAAAGGAAAUUGGCCUCAUGCUCAAGCCUGGAGAUCCCGAAAAUGAUGGCGAGGUGCUUAUCUACGAUGUCCGGGACGUCGCACCCGCGAAGCGGAUGUUCUGCGCUACUUUCCGACUACCGCGCGACGUCGCCUUUGCUCCGAGAGCAUAG